AUGAAAGAAAAAAGUUUUCUGUUGACUAAAAGUGCUUUGAUAAAUCUAGAUGCUGAAAAUAGCAUUUCAACCAGAAAAUUAGCUUGUUUAGACAUUAUUAUGUUUGCAACGUUGAACACUUCGAGGGCCAUAACACCAUGGAAUUAUCGGAUAUUAAAACUCUCUGAUGUAUUCCACCAUAGAAUUCAAGUUUCGAGGUGGAGUUUAGAAAAGUGUUGA